AUGAGGUUCACUACUUCGGUCGUCGGCGCCCUGCUCAAUGCCCUGCUCGCGUCCGCGGCACCCACGCCGACCACAGAUGCGUCCCUGGCCGUGACCACGGUCUCGAACCGCGUCAUCUUCUCGCCGCCGUCCAACGCCGGCUGGGUCGACCCGCGCGUGCUGUACGCGCGCGCCCUGUCGCUGAGCUCCGGCCCCUUGCUGGCGACCUGGGAGAACUACUCGCCCGAGCCGCCGGCCGUCUACUUCCCCAUCUACCGGUCGCAGGACGGCGGCGCCUCGUGGGCCCAAAUCGGCAGCAUCAAGGACACGGUCAACGGCUGGGGCCUGCGGUACCAGCCCACCCUGUACGAGCUGCCCCAGGCCGUCGGCCGCUGGGCCAAGGGCACCAUCCUCGCCGCCGGCAACAGCAUCCCCACGGACCUGAGCAAGACCAAGAUCGACGUCUACGCGAGCACCGACGGCGGCGCAACCUGGACCUUCGUGAGCACCGUGGCUAGCGGAGGCGUGGCCAAGCCCGAUAAUGGCCUGACGCCGGUUUGGGAGCCAUUGUUCUUGGUGUACAACAACCAGCUCGUCAUCUACUACUCGGACCAGCGCGACAGCAAGUACGGGCAGAAGCUCGUGCACCAGACGACAUCGGACCUGGCGACGUGGUCGGCUGUCGUCGAUGACGUGCACGACACGGCGGCGUACGCGGCCCGUCCCGGCAUGCCUGCCAUUACACGCCUGCCCAACGGCAACUAUAUCUUCGCCUACGAGGUCUGCGGCACCGACGGCUGCCGCGUUCACUACCGCCUCAACCGCAACCCGCUCGACGUACUCAACACGCCCGCCUCGGCUACCUUCACCCUCAAGUCAACCAAGGGCACCACGCCCGUCAGCUCGCCGUCCGUGGUCUGGUCGAGCGUGGGUGGCGCCAAUGGCACUAUUGUGCUGAGCGCGGGCAACUCGGGCCAGGUCUUCACGAACCGGAAACUGGGCGAUCCCAACAGCUGGGUCGAGUACACUACGCCGCAACCUUCGGCGUACUCCAGAGGUCUGGAGUUACUGAAGAGCGACGACUCGGCCCUGGUGAUCAUUGGUGCCGGCAGGUUGCCUCCGAGCACAACCAACCUUGUCAGCGUCAGUGUUUUGGAUUUGAAGGCAAUGGUUGGGGCAUGA